CUCUCGCAGCCGAUGGUGAAGAGUGUGCUGGUGUAUCGCAACGGGGACCCUUUCUUCCCGGGGCGCCGUAUUGUCAUCAACGAGAAGAAAGUGUCCAACUUCGAGGUGUUCCUGAAAGAGGUGACAGGCAGGGUGAAGGCACCCUUUGGAGCCGUGCGUAACAUCUAUACCCCCCGGGGCGGGCAUCGUGUCCGGCAGCUGGAGGAGCUUCAGAGUGGAGAGCAGUAUGUGGCUGGUGGCAGGGAAGCCUUCAGGAAACUCAACUAUUUGGACAUUGGGGAAACAAAGAAAAAACCUGCUGAAGUCAAUAACGAGGUCAAGCCAGUUACUCACAGUAGAAUCACUGUGUCAGCACGGUUUCGAAAACCACUCCAGGAGCCCUACACUAUUUUCCUGAUUGCUAAUGGAGACCUUAUUAGCCCUGUAGUGCGCCUCCUCAUUCCCAGGAAAAUACUGAAUCACUGGGAUUAUGUUCUCGAAAUGAUUACAGGAAAAGUUACCCUCAGAAGUGGAGCUGUUCACAGGCUUUACACUUUAGAUGGAAAACUGGUUCAGAAUGGAUCAGACUUGGAGAAUGGGCAAAUUUAUGUUGCAGUGGGUAGAGAAAAGUUUAAGAAGUUGCCAUAUGCUGAUCUGCUGUUUAGCAAAUCUACAAUGAGAAGGCCACAGGGUUCCAAAGUCUCUGUACUACCUCCAAUCAUGGGAUCUCGGAAGUCUAAAGGCAGUGGAAAUGAUCGGCAAUCUAAAUCUGCCGUUGGAUCCAGUGGCCCAGGAGAAAACAGUUCCUCACCUCUGCUUUCCAAAGGGAAAGACAAAAAAAGCCAGAACACAGAGGAUUCUGUGUGCAGACGACACUUUUCUAACAACUCUACAAAAGUAAAACAGACAGUAAGAGGAACAGCUUCCACAGGAGUCCUUCAAGAUAAUGGUCUGAAUUUUGAGAUCUCGGUGGUGAAGGGUGCUCCCAAUGAGAGAUUCUCGCAAGAGGAGGUGUGGGAUUCUGCAGGAGAUGACGUGGAGUCUGAAG